AUGGAGGAAACAGAUCAGGAGAACGAAUUGGAAGAUUUUAUACAUGAUGAUGACUUUAUGAGUCAUUUAAAUGAACGUGGGAAACAAUCACAAACCCUGAGUUCAUCUCUGGACUUCCUAGAUAGAGAAUCUUCUCAUUAUUCUGCUCUUCUUGGAAAAAUAAUCUUCAUCAAUGAAUUCUUAUCUGUUGAACGGAAUGAACGAAACAUAUUUACAGAGCACGCAUUGAGUGAUUUCAGAGAAGUUCUGAGUCAAUUAAACUUGGAUUUUACUUAUUUUUUGGGAAGAAUUCAUGUUGCGAUUUCUGAAACUUUUUUGUUUUCUGAGAAGCUUGAAAUAAUGAGAAUUAUUUUCAUCUCACUACAUGUGAAUUUAUUUAGUGAACAUCAUCAAUUGGCAUCAUCAAUUUACGGCCAAAGUCAAGUUACAUCAAAAUUUAAGUGCUUUUUAAAAUGCAUUAGCGACUUCAAUCGAUUUUCAAUCAUAGCUUGA